AUGUUCUCCAAGACCGCCAUCGCCCUACCUCUGGCCGCCUCGCUCCUUGAGCAGGUCAGCGCCUUUAGCUUCCACCGUCACCAGCACGCCGCCCAGAAGCGCGAAGUCGUCUGGCACACUAAAUUUGAAUUCCAGACCGUCUACGUCACUGCUGGCGCCGACGCGCCCGCCCAGACCGCGAACGCCUUUGUUCAGGACAGCCAGCCCGAGGCUGUCGCCGUCACCCCUAGCGUGCCUACUGCGGCCCCCGAGCCCCCCGCGGCCCCGGCUCAGACGACUCUGUCCACCGCUGUCAAGCCUUCUUCGACUUCGACCGCUUCUAGCGGCGGUCUAGGCGUCUCUAAGCAAGGCAUCGCCUACAAUGAGGCCUCCCUGGCCAACACCUUCAAGAACAACUGCAACAAGAAGGGCUGCGGCUGGGCCUACAACUGGGGCUCCAACCCUGGCGACCUCAGCAAGGAUGUCGAGUAUGUCCCUAUGCUCUGGGGUGACUUGCCUAUUCACACUUCCCACUGGGACGCCGACGCCGAGGCUGCUCUUUCCAAUGGUGCCAAGGCUCUCUUGAGCUUCAACGAACCCGACAUGCCUUCCCAGGCCAACAUGGACGCCGCCACCGCCGCCGCUGCUCACGCGAAGUAUUUUGCCAAGUACAAGGGCCGCGCUCAGAUCGGUGCCCCCGCCGUCUCCAACUCCAACUUGGAUAACCAGGGUCUUCCGUGGCUCAAGAACUUCGUCGCUGCCUGUAACGCCAACUCUGACUGCCACUUUGACUUCUGCCCUGUUCACUGGUACUCCCCCGCUGAAGCUGUUGACACCCUCUUCACCCACCUCGCGGAGGCCAGCAAGAUUUGCGGAAACAAGCCUGUCUGGCUCACCGAGUUCGCUCCCACUGGCAGCGACGAGCAGAUCGCCGCGUUCCUCAAGACUGUCCAGCCCAAACUUGACUCUCUCGAGUACGUCCACGCCUACUCCUACUUCUUUGUUGCCCAGAACUUCCUGAUGAGCUCCGCCAACACCCUGAGCUCCAUCGGCAACGCCUAUGCUGCCAUGGCCAACUAA